AUGGCGAGCUCAAGUCGAGAUACAAACGCAAGCCAAAACACGACAUCAAACCCAACCCCAGACCCAUCUACCCAGCCAGCAAGCCCAGAACCAAACACCCCCCUCCCCCUCCCCUCCCCGCAAACCGCCCCAGACAACCCCACCACCACCCUCACCCCCAAUGCCCCCGCCAUCAAACUCGACCACCUGGGCCCCCUUGUCGUCAACAAAGACGGCACCCUAUCGCGUAUUGCGAACUGGCAAAGCAUGGCGGAAAUCGAGCGCCAGAACACGCUGAGGAUUUUGGGGAAGCGGAAUAUGCUGAGGAGGGAGGAGUUGGAGAGGGCGGAAAAGGAGAAGGGGGAGGGGAAAGAGGGCGAUGAGGAGGGAGGGUCAAAGGGAUUGAGGGGUAAUUAG